UCAAAUUUAUUCCACUUCUUCAUAAACAUUAGCUAAUUAAUACUAAUUAGCCUUAGCUAGAAUUCCAUUCUCAUAUAUAGUAAAAAAAAAAAAAGGAAAAAUGAACAAGCAAGCAAUCAUUUACUUCUCAUUCUUGUUUUUGUGUUUCUUUUACCACUGCAAAGGAGCCACAAUAUUAGCUCACUCUCCAGCCCAACCUCCAUCAAAACAUGUAGCUGCUGCAGCCCCAACUAAAGCUAAGGCCUUAACCCCAACGAAAGCGCCAACAGCUUUGCCAGUGCCCGCGGUGGAGCCGCCAUCUCAAGUGCCACUCGUCCAAGCGCCACCCCACAAAGCCCUUUACACACCAACCGACGUCACCAAAAUCCUCGAAAAAGCCGGUAUCUUCAGUGUCUUCAUCCGCCUCCUUAAGAGUACUUCUGUAAGCAUUCAGAUCGAGAAUCAACUAAAUGUAUCCAACACAUUGACCAUUUUUGCCCCAACAAAUGGGGCCUUUGGUGCUUUGAAACCUGGCACUCUUAACACACUCUCCACUGAAGACAAAGUCCAGCUUGUCCAAUACCACAUUCUUCCUACUUUAGUUUCACUCCAAAACUUUGAGACUCUCAGUAACCCUGUACGGACACAAGCUAGCAAUACUAAUGACUUUCCUCUAAAUGUUACUGUUGAAGGAAGCUUGGUUAACAUAUCUACUGGAAUUGUUAACGCUACCAUUUCUGGUACCGUUUAUGAGGAUAAUCAGCUUGCUAUUUACAAGGUCGAUAAGGUGUUACUUCCACUUGGAAUUUUCGGUCCGAAACCGAAGACAAAACACUUGGCUCCUUCUCCCACACCAUUGAAGCCUUCGAAAGAUACUAAUUCGUCUUCUUCUUCAUCAUCUUCAUCAUCUUCUUCCUCUUCUGAGGAAUCCAUUAGCCCGGAUGCGGCGGAAGGGGACAAGUCGUCAAAGUCCAAGGGUGUUGUUGUUAUGAAUAAUGGUGUUGUAAACAUUGGGAUUGUUAUGGUUGUUGUAAUCUCUAUGUGGGGUGCUUAUAUUUAGUUUUUAUCUUCAUUGGUUGAAGUUGUUGUGCCGAUGUUUGAGCCAUAGCUUGGAGGCUCUUAACAAUUUCAAUUCUUGGUAUUUUUGUUUUAUUAUUAAUGAAGAUUUCAU